AUGGAGCUGUCCGAUCCUGCAACACCUGAUACAAGCCUUGACAUGAGUAGCACGGUGAAUCGCAGGAAAUCCGGGCGUGCAACUCAGAAGCCCGUCCUGCUCAACAAAGAUCCCAAUAUCUCCCAGGUCAGCACUGGGAACAGCGGCAAGAGAAAGCGCGCAGAUCCACCAGCCCAGGACGCGGCGGACUCCAGCGACACCGAUUCCGAGGACGAAGACAGUGACGAGGAAAGCGACCCAGACGAAGAAGAACUGAAGGAAAGGAGGAGGAAGGCACCGAGACCGAAGAAGGCGCCCAGCAAGUCUGUCGCCAAGAAGCCGAGGACAGGCCCUGCUUUGACUACAAGUCUGGCCGUGCGACCAGCGAUCAAUGGGAUCAAGAAAAUUGCGAGACUCAAACAACCACGAGCGCGUCCUGUGAAAAAUGCCGAAGACAAUGGCACUGGACUGUACUACGAGGUUUUCUCCCAAGGCCACACCUUAGAUGCUGUUGCGGCAGAUUGGAUUGCGCGAUGGGACCAGAACAACGCGGAAGCUAUGUGCGACAUGAUCAACUUUGUCAUAAAAUGUGCUGGAUGCAAUAGCGAGGUUGACGUUCACGAUAUUGAAGACCAAGACAACGCUCCCAGCAAGCUCGGCGAUAUUCAGGAAGAAUACCACGCACUUAAACCCGCAGAUUAUCCAUUGAUAUCUAAGGCCAAGGGCAACGCCGCCUUUCGCUCUACAUUGUCCGGCUUCUUUGUAACCCUCAUUUCGACUUGCCACGCAGCAGGCCUCUUGUACAGCGAUUUGGCGAUCCUUGAGAACAUCGAGGUAUGGGUACACACAAUGUCGUCCUCCACUCUUCGACCUUUCCGGCACACUGCGACUGUCAUAGCCCUCACCAUUGGAAGUACGCUUUGUACCGUCGCAGCAGAUAUUGCCGACAAUGCAGCGAAGACGAUGAGGCAGAAGGAAGGCGAGCAAAAGAAGAAGAGCGUGAACAAGGAGCGUGUCAAGGCUUUGGAAGCAAAGAUUGCAGAGGGAGACAGACGGCGCGCUCAGGUGCUAGAUAGUAUGAAAGAUUUAUUCGAUGCUGUCUUCAUUCACCGAUAUCGAGAUGUCGACCCAAAAAUACGCCUUGAAUGCGUUACGGCCUUGGGAAAUUGGAUCACCACACUUCCAGAUGUUUACUUCGACGGCAUGCAUUUACGCUAUUUAGGAUGGGUCUUGUCCGACAUUUCUACGCCGACCCGAGCAGAAGUAGUCAAGCAGCUUGGAAAGCUGUUCAAGAACAAGGACAACACGCCUCGGCUCCGCACGUUCACUGAGAAAUUUCGCUCGCGAAUAGUCGAGAUGGCCGUUCGGGAUUCAGAAGUCAGCAUCAGGGCAUCUACCGUGGAGCUGCUAGACAUGAUCCGGAAGACUGGGCUAUUAGAACCAGACGAUAUCGAUAUUGUUGGGAGGCUGAUUUUCGACACGGAGCCUCGCGUUCGUAAAGCGGUCGCCGGCUUCUUUGCUGAGAACAUCAACGACUUGUAUGAAACUACAUUCGAAGACUUAGGUGGCGAGGAAGGUCUCGCUGACAUUCUUGGGGAAGAAGUCGAAGACGACUUUGACAUACCAAGAUCAAGCUGGCUGAAGCUGAAAUGCGUUGCAGAGGCGUUGCAAUCUUACGACGCCGAAGAUAAUGAGCAGGAUUCAGCAUCGAGUGAAGCCGCUGGUGGCGGCGGUCUGAUCGCAACCGGUGUGGACUCUCGAUAUGCGUUGGCAGCUCGCACUAUAUGUGAUGGUAUCUCUAUUGCAAGGGAAUGGGAAGUUUUGGCAGGGUAUCUCCUCUUCGACCUCUCCAGUACGGAUCAACCCUCGAAAGGCGCCGAUGCGACAUUAGAAUCCCGUUGUAAGCUGAAUGAGAAGGAAACAAUACUUCUCCUCGAAAUCCUUAAUGUGGCGGUCAAAGCCAGACUUAGCGAGGCUGUUGAAGCUGAGACCGACAAAAAGGGCCACAAGACGAAAGCACUGAAGGAACAGUCUCGAGGGAUCCAAGAAAGUACUGCGCUACAUUUGGCCAAAGCGUUGCCUCAACUACUAAAGAAAUUUGGUACAAACCCUGGUACAGCUUCCGCAGUUCUACGACUGGGACAGGUCUUGAAUUUAGAGAUAUUCCAAGAGCUACGUCAAGAUUCAACAAAAUAUGCUUCGCUUCUGGAUGACAUCAACAAACAAUUCCUCACCCAUACGGACCGAGGCGUCCUUGCAGAAGCUAGCACCGCUCUUCUCCACGCUCGUAGAUUCGAGGAUUUGGAAGAGGUCACGGAAAGCAAAGUACAGGAUCUAUGGGAUGAUACGGUUGGUACCUUGCGGGCAUUAAUGAGUUCCCGGGAGGACGACAACUUAUCAGAACUCUGCAGCACCGUUCGACGGAUAGCAAACUUAGCCAGCAUCUCCGACUGUGUGGCUGUGUUGGAUAUGGAAGGAAGUUUAGCAUCGAAAAAGAAAGCAAGCCAUCAGACGACCGCAAGCCCGUUGGAUCUUCUCAUGGAAUUGAUCCGUGAUCCCGAGCUAGAUAACGGAGCUGGUGAAGAAGCCGACGAGACAUUAAUUGGCGCCACAAAGGCGCUGCUGUUCUACACCAUGUGGACCGUACGCUCGCUUCAAACCGCCAUUUCUUCGGGCACCGCCGUACCAAAAUUUCCCGACAUCGCUCUGUUCGCUCAAAGCCUUGAAACACUCGUCGACAGUCGCCCCGCUGCCUCCCCUGUUCGUCUGGCGGCUGUCGGCACCUUGCUCGAUCUUUACACUCUUUUCGCUACGUUCCGUCAUGUACAAAUCCCACCCAACUACCAGAAUGCCGACGAUAUCCAGUCUCUUAUUCGACAUAUUCCAACGUCCGCCGAAUCUCUCAUCUUGUCGACUUACACAGCCCUCGAGAAAUCUUUCGCCAAGAAAUCUCGCCGCACACUGGAAGCUGCGCCUGACGAUGAUCUCGCCUCUGAUCCAGAGGAUAGCUCGGAUGACGAGGAUGAAGACGACCCAAGUCAUGCUCAACAGGAUACCUUGAUUGCCGAGAAACGGCUGUGUGAGAUAGCGGGCAAGAUGGUGCUUGCGAUUGUUGGUCGCAUUCUCGAUCACGAAGGUCCGAACAAGGGCAAAAUCAAAGAGCGUCUACAGCGCAACAAGGGGAAGCUCGGUAGCAAUUUCAAAGAGGUGUUGGCCUAUCUGGAGGGACCGAAGCCGAAGGGCAAGAAGAGAGCUCCUGCGAAAAGAGGGGGGAAGAAGGUGGUCAAACCUGUGGAGAUCGAGGACGAAGACGAGGAGAGUGGGGAAGAAAGGCAAGUGGAGGAGGGAGGGGAGGAAGAUUUGAGGGAGAAGGAGCUCGUGGAGGAUCGGAUUGUGGAUCCUGAUGAGGAGAGUGCUGAAGAAGAAACUGCAAGGGCAGGUGCGGAUGAGGUCGAAGAUGACAAUGUCAUGGGCGAUUAA